ACUCAGAGAAGCUCUGGGCCGAGUUUGGAUGUGUGUUUCUGGGGUGUUUGAGGAGCAGCCUGGCCUGAGAGAAGAGGCGACGGAGCCGGACAACCGGAGAUUUAAGUCGGUCCCUACCGGCGGAAUGGCGGACCGGGAGCCGGUGCCGUUUCCUGCGGAGAUGCGGGCCAAACUGGCCGAGCUGGAGCUGGAGUUAUCCGAGGGUGACAUCACACAGAAGGGCUAUGAGAAGAAGCGCUCCAAGCUGAUUGGAGCCUACUUCCCUCAAGCACCAGGGAUGGAUCCGUCCAUGGGCCAGGAGAGAAGAGCACCCGUCACCCCGUCCUCGUCCUCCCGCUACCACCGCCGGCGGUCCUCUGGCUCCAGAGACGAACGCUACAGAUCAGAUGUGCACACGGAGGCAGUGCAGGCGGCCCUGGCCAAACACAAGGAGAGGAAGAUCGCGGUGCCCAUGCCGUCGAAGCGGCGGUCGCUGGUGGUCCAGAGCUCCAUGGACGCCUACACACCACCAGACACCUCCUCCGGCUCGGAGGGUGAAGGUCAGGGCAACGGCGAGGAAGGAGACGGAGGAGACGGUGAAGAAGAGGACGGAGGAGGGGGGGGAGGGACGUCGUCCAGCCGGGAGGGGAGCAUCAGCAUGGAGCACUGGAUCAGCCGGGCCAUGCACGGCACCUCGUCCACCACCACCACCACCUCGUCCACGGCCUCGUCCUCCUCCUCCUCCACACGCAGCGGGGGGAGCGGAGCAGCCGGCGGCCGGUUGGCUGACGUCCUGGCCCAGCAUGUCCACAUGUCCGCCCACCACCACCACCACCGGCACCAUCACCAUCGGCACCACCACAAGACCGAGAACCACUCUGCUCCUCCAGACGUCACCGGCUACACCAACAACUCGGCCACCGCCGCUGAUGGGAUCCAGGUGGAGCGAGGCCCGGGCGGUGGCACCGCGGUCCAGAGACAGGCGCCCAAGUACGGCAACGCCGAGCUGAUGGAGACGGGAGACGGCGUCCCAGUCAGCAGCAGAGUCUCGGCCAAGAUCCAGCAGCUCGUCAACACUCUGAAGAGGCCGAAGCGCCCGCCGCUCAGGGAGUUCUUUGUCGACGACUUCGAGGAGCUACUGGAAGUCCAGCAGCCGGACCCCAACCAGCCCAAGGCCGAGGGCGCCCCCAUGGUGGUCAUGAGGGGCGAGCAGCUGGGGGUGGUGACCAACUGGCCCCCGUCCCUGGAGGCGGCCCUGCAGAGGUGGGGCACCAUCUCCCCCAAGGCCCCCUGCCUCACCACCAUGGACACCAACGGCAAGCCGCUCUACGUGCUGACCUACGGUAAACUGUGGUCCAGAAGUGUGAAGGUGGCCUACAACCUGCUGCACAAGCUGGGAACCAAACAGGAGCCACUGGUCAGGCCUGGCGACCGGGUGGCGCUGGUGUUCCCGAACAACGACCCCGCUGCCUUCAUGACGGCGUUCUACGGCUGCCUGCUGGCCGAGGUCGUCCCUGUGCCGAUAGAAGUACCACUGACCAGGAAGGACGCCGGCAGUCAGCAGAUUGGAUUUCUGCUGGGCAGCUGUGGAGUGACGGUGGCUCUGACCAGCGACGCCUGCCACAAAGGGUUACCCAAGAGUCCCACUGGGGAGAUCCCACAGUUCAAAGGCUGGCCUAAGGUGCUGUGGUUCGUCGGUGAGUCCAAACACGUCUCCAAACCACCGCGAGACUGGUUCCCACACAUCAAGGACGCAAACCAGGACACUGCCUACAUCGAGUACAAGACGUGUAAGGACGGCAGCGUCCUGGGUGUGACGGUGAUGAGGAUAGCGAUGCUCACUCACUGCCAGGCCCUCACACAGUCCUGCUCCUACACAGAAGCUGAGACCAUAGUGAAUGUAUUGGACUUCAAGAAGGACGUGGGACUGUGGCACGCCGUCCUCACGAGUGUGAUGAACAUGAUGCACGUCAUCAGUAUUCCCUACGCCCUGAUGAAGGUCAACCCUCUGUCCUGGAUCCAGAAGGUCUGCCAGUACAAAGCCAAAGUGGCGUGUGUGAAGUCGCGGGACAUGCACUGGGCUCUGGUCGCCCAUCGGGACCAGCGAGACGUCAACCUGAGCUCCCUGCGCAUGCUGGUGGUGGCUGACGGUUCGAAUCCCUGGUCGAUCUCCUCCUGUGACGCCUUCCUCAACGUCUUCCAGACGAAGGGCUUGAAGCCGGAGGUCAUCUGUCCCUGUGCCAGCUCCCCCGAGGCGCUCACUGUGGCUAUAAGGAGGCCGCUGGAGGAGGGCAGCACCCCCCCAGGCCGUGGCGUGUUGUCCAUGCAGGGUCUGAGUCACGGUGUGAUCCGGGUGGACUCGGAGGAGAAGCUGUCGGUUCUCACGCUGCAGGACGUCGGCUCCGUGAUGCCCGGGGCCAUGAUGUGCGUCGUGAAGCUGGAGGGAGUUCCUCAGCUCUGCAAAACCGACGAGAUCGGAGAGUUGUGUGUUUGUACUGUCGCCACAGGAACCUCCUACUACGGCCUGGCUGGCAUGACCAAGAACACCUUCGAGGUUUUCCCCAUGUCCAGCAACGGGGCCCCGGUCAGUGAGUUUCCCUUCACCAGGACCGGCCUGCUGGGUUUCAUCGGCCCUGGAGGUCUGAUCUUUGCUGCAGGGAAGAUGGACGGACUGAUGGUGGUCGCGGGGCGGCGGCACAACGCGGACGACAUCGUGGCCACUGCGCUCGCCGUGGAGCCCAUGAAGUUCGUCUACCGGGGCCGCAUAGCAGUGUUCUCCAUCACGGUGCUCCAUGACGAGCGGAUCGUGGUCGUGGCCGAGCAGCGGCCGGACUCCACCGAGGAGGACAGCUUCCAGUGGAUGAGCCGAGUUCUGCAGGCGAUAGACGGCAUCCACCAGGUGGGGGUGUACUGCCUGGCUCUGGUGCCCUCCAACACUCUGCCCAAGACUCCCCUGGGUGGCAUCCACCUGUCGGAGACCAAGCAGCUCUUCCUGGAGGGGGCGCUGCACCCGUGCAACGUGCUCAUGUGUCCGCACACCUGCGUCACCAACCUGCCCAAACCGCGGCAGAAGCAGCCAGAGAUCGGCCCUGCGUCUGUGAUGGUCGGGAACCUGGUGUCGGGGAAGAGAAUCGCUCAGGCCAGCGGCAGAGAUCUGGGUCAGAUCGAAGACAAUGACCAGGCAAGGAAGUUCCUCUUCCUGUCUGAGGUGCUGCAGUGGAGAGCCCAGACCACGCCGGACCACGUCCUGUACACGCUGCUCAACUCCAGAGGUACGAUAGCCAGCUCUCUGACUUGCGUCCAGCUGCACAAGCGAGCAGAGAAGAUCGCGGCCAUGCUGUCUGAACGGGGCCACCUGCAGGACGGAGACCACGUUGCACUGGUCUACCCCCCAGGCAUCGACCUCAUCGCGGCGUUCUACGGCUGCCUGUACGCCGGCUGCGUGCCGAUCACGGUGCGACCGCCUCACCUGCAGAACAUCUCCACCACGCUGCCCACCGUCAAGAUGAUCGUGGAGGUGAGCCGGUCGGUGUGUAUGAUGACCACACAGCUCAUCUCCAAGCUGCUGCGGUCGAAGGAAGCCUCGGCCGCCGUGGACGUCCGGACGUGGCCGCCGGUCCUGGACACAGACGAUUUGCCAAAGAAGAAACCUCCUCUGCUGUAUAAACCCUCCAACCCCGACACCCUGGCCUACAUGGACUUCAGCGUCUCCACCACUGGCAUGCUCGCUGGAGUCAAGAUGUCUCACACAGCCACCAGUGCCUUCUGCCGCUCCAUCAAGCUGCAGUGUGAACUUUACCCGUCCAGAGAGGUCGCCAUCUGUCUGGACCCCUACUGCGGCCUGGGCUUCGUCCUCUGGUGCCUUUGCAGUGUGUACUCAGGUCACCAGUCCAUCCUCAUCCCCCCCUCCGAGCUGGAGUCGAACCCGGCUCUGUGGCUGUCCGCUGUCAGUCAGUACAAAGUCCGAGACACCUUCUGCUCCUACAGCGUCAUGGAGCUGUGCACCAAAGGCCUGGGCCUGCAGACCGACUCACUGAAGUCUCGAGGCUUGGACUUGUCUCGCGUGAGGACCUGUGUGGUCGUAGCGGAGGAGCGUCCCAGGAUCGCCCUGACGCAGUCCUUCUCCAAGCUCUUCAAGGACCUGGGCCUCCACCCUCGAGCCGUCAGCACCUCCUUCGGCUGCAGGGUCAACCUGGCCAUCUGCCUGCAGCCUCACAGGCUGGGAAAGCUUGCAGACCAGGGCACGUCGGGACCCGACCCCACCACCGUGUUCGUGGACAUGAGAGCGCUGCGGCACGACAGGGUCAGAUUAGUAGAGCGGGGGUCACCACACAGCCUGCCGCUGAUGGAGUCUGGGAAGAUACUACCGGGGGUUCGAAUCAUCAUCGCCAACCCGGAGACCAAGGGACCAAUGGGGGAGUCGCAUCUAGGAGAGAUCUGGGUUCACAGCGGCCACAACGCCAGCGGCUACUUCACCGUGUACGGAGACGAGGCGCUGCAGUCGGACCACUUCAACUCCAGGCUCAGCUUCGGGGACACACAAACCGUCUGGGCUCGAACCGGCUACCUGGGCUUCCUCCGCCGGACCGAGCUCACCGACGCCAGCGGAGAGCGUCAUGAUGCCCUGUACGUGGUCGGUGCUUUAGAAGAAGCCAUGGAGCUGAGAGGGAUGCGGUACCACCCCAUCGACAUCGAGACCUCGGUCAUCAGGACGCACAAGAGCAUCACAGAAUGCGCCGUCUUCACGUGGACCAACCUGCUGGUGGUGGUGGUGGAGCUGGACGGCUCGGAGCAGGAGGCGCUGGACCUGGUCCCCCUGGUCACCAACGUGGUGCUGGAGGAGCACUACCUGAUCGUGGGUGUGGUGGUGGUGGUGGACAUCGGCGUCAUCCCCAUCAACUCCCGCGGCGAGAAGCAGCGCAUGCACCUGCGCGACGGCUUCCUGGCCGACCAGCUGGACCCCAUCUAUGUGGCCUACAACAUGUAGCGACUCCCCCUGGUGGCCGAUGCGGACGUGGAUGAAGGAUUAUUACGUAUGAUGCAAAGAUGGUCUGCACCUGAGGCUGAAGAAGGGAUAGGAACCGGAGUUCCUGGUGUACGGGGAGGAGAUAGUUGCCCCGAACUUUGUCUCUCAGGCAACACGUUGUCCCAGCUGAUGUCUCAAGGGGUAACAUUAGGGUUCAGGUCGGGUUCAGGUCGGGUUCAGGUCGGGUUCAGGUCGAGAGGAGUGAGGUUUGCCCUGAGAACAGAAGCAGCCGAAACCUUCCAGGGCUGGAGAGUCAUGAAGACGAGGACAAUCGUUAACGUAGCAAAGAUUCUGGCUUUUUAAAAAACUACGUGACAACUUUUCUUUGUUUGUUUCUAAACACGUGAUCUACAUUUGAGGCUAUUUUUCGAGAAACAUAUUUACAAAUGAAAAAACAAGCAAAGGAAACUGUGGCAGAAAUGAUGUUUUAAGUUUUUACGGUGUCGACCUUUAGAAAGUGAGAGAGAUGUUUUGAUACGAGGGUCCGAGGGCGUGAACCAAUGAGGUACUAACAGUUCGUUGGCUGGUUUUAUUUCUCUCCUCUUUUUUGUAAGUGUUAUGUUGUUUUUUUUAAGUCAUAAUUACUUCCUGAACCGUUUCAGCAGGAAAUCCGUUUGCUAACUUUCAUAAACCGACGGCUGCAGCCUUCAACGCCGUUUAUUUUUCCGUACGAACCGGCUUCGACUGAAGCCAAAACAAUACAUAAAUUCAUAUCAUGUAAGUAUGUACAAAAAGAAACUGAUUUAAUUUAUUUUGUCUCUUUUAGAAGUAUAUGACGAGACGUUCAAGAAUGUUUUGCUCUUGAAUAUUUGCUAAUAUAAAAAAAAUCCAUUGUAUUAUCAUGAGUGAAACACACUCACAUUAAGCAUAUUAUGGAAAAUAGAAAUAUAUGAUCAUAGAUAAAAAUCUAAAUUCCUCCAUUUCGGACAGAAGCAGCUUCACACUUUUCAUCUGCAUGUUGGUCUGAAAUGUUCGAGUCAGCCCAAAGAAGAGUUUCAUUCCCGUGAAGAGUUCUGAACCAAAGUCAAAUUUAACACCUUUAAAUUUGUAAUCGAUCUGUAUUUUUAUUGAAUUCAUAUGAAGGCUGAAGCGCUUCAUGCAAUUCUACUUUCCAACAGCUGGGGGCAGUAGCAGGCUGAUACGCAGCAAGAGGAGCCUUGAAAAAAGAACUAAAAACUGCUUGUUGGUAAAUGAACGAUUUUAAUUGUUUUAAAAAAAUCGAAAUUGUAAAAAUUUUUAUGAGGAAGGAAAUCCACAUAAAACAGGAAAUCUGUUUUCAGGGAAAACCAAAGUUUAAAAAAAGUCACGAAAUACAUAUUUUGACAAGCGUCCAUCAUUUAUGUCAGCUAGUUCACUAAUAACAUUUAAAAUGUUUACAGAUACAUUUCAAUACAUUUUAAGGUAUAUAAUAUUUCAAACCCUUUUCUCAUUUUGAAUUCAACGGCACCUGUUGUUUAUCAGACAAAUCCAGAGUUUAGUUCUUUGUGAAGUGUGAUUUAUUCCAAAUAUUAAUAAUUUUGAGUAACAGAUAAAAUAUUUGAAUUAUUUAAAUGAUUACAUUUCGAGAACAAUUGAUGGGAAUAAUUUGAAGAAGCUAAAAUGAUAUGCACACAUAUAGGAUAUUACUGACCUCUAGUGGCGACCCGGGAGACUUACAACAACAUCCUCCUGGUGAGAUUAUGAAAUUAUCCUCUUAUGCAUUAUACACACGUUUCACUUUGGGUCAGAACUCUUCAAAUAAACAUUAACUAGGGAACAAACUGAUCUUUAAAAUGUGACGAACAGGAAAGUGAAUCACGACGAGACAAGUUGUAAUUUCUCCGUCAUGAAAACGUGAACCCCCCCCCCCCCCAUGGCAGGAAGUGGAAUAGCUGCUACGACUGUAAAUAUCAGAGUCAGACGUCCGUCAUAUUUUUUACGUGGAUGGAUCGGUCAGAGCUCAUUACAGCGACGUCACACCAGGAACACAGACUGAACCAAACAGGAAGCAGCAGGAGGAGUUUGACCCCAGGGCUGUGGAGGUCAAAGGUCGCAGGAUUCAAGAGAAUGUUCAAGUCUCAACAUCAGGAUUCUAUUUUUUUUU